AUGGCACCGACGGAAGGGUAUAUGUCCACCCCUGUGACGCUGCAUCGCAAUCAGAUUUUUUCUGCUUCAAAUGGCCCCAAACCUCCUGUGGAAGAUUUGAUUGAGCAGUACAAGGCUCGUAUCGAAGAAUUGGAAAUGGAAAAUGCCGAACUCAAGCAGAAACAGGUUCAGGUCAAUACAGCAAAGGAGCUCUACUUGAAAAUCUUUGAAGACUUUCCAGCCCUUAUAUGGAGGUCAAGGUUAGACAAGAAAUGUGACUACUUCAACAAGACAUGGUUGGAGUGGACUGGCAAAACCAUCGAACAAGAGUUCGGGAAUGGAUGGACCAAGGGAGUCCAUAAGGAUGAGUUUGAUAAGUGCCUUGACACCUAUGUCAAAGCAUUUGAUAAGCGGGAAUACUUCUACAUGGAGUACCGCCUGCUGGACAAGCACGGUGAAUACCGCUGGAUUGGGGAUCAUGGCCAGCCAUUCUAUGAUCUGGAUGGAACAUUUCUGGGAUACAUUGGUUCUUGCUAUGAUAUCCAUGAUGCCAAACUCAACGAACAGAAUCUUCGGAUUACGAAGGACAAGGCUGUGGAAUCUGAUCGACUCAAGUCUGCCUUCCUUGCGAACAUGAGCCAUGAGAUCAGAACACCUCUGAACGGAGUCAUCGGACACAUCGACUUAGCACUGUCCAAUGCAUUGAGUGAAGUGCAUAAGAAAGAAAACUUCGAUGGACUCAAAGUCGCAAGAAAUAGCGGAGAACACUUGAUCAUGAUCAUUCAAGACAUUCUAGAUCUAUCCAAGAUCGAAGCUGGACAGAUGGACAUCAAUAGCGAUGAAGAGUUCUCGUUGCCUAUGGUGAUCACUCAAACAAAGAGUCUUGUCUCCACGAUCCUGCAACAGAAGAACAAGGAACAUCUUGAUUUCAUCACUACCGUGGAUGACGAAAUCAGCGGCUUUCUCCAAGGAGACCAGUUCCGCCUGCAACAAGUCAUUAACAAUCUAGUUUCGAAUGCAGCUAAGUUUACAACCGUUGGAAACAUUGAGCUGAAAGUACAAAAAGUCGAUGAUAACAUGCUGCAGUUCAGUGUGUCGGAUACCGGUAAAGGAAUCCCGCCAGACCACGUCGACUCUAUUUUCAAGCCCUUCCAACAAGUCGAUAUCAGCGAUACACGACAGCAUGGAGGGACCGGGCUCGGUCUCACAAUCUCUCGUAAACUAGUCGAAAUGAUGGGAGGAAAUUUGCGUGUCGAGUCAUCAACGAAACCCGGCAGCAGUGGUUCCUCCUUCAUCUUUUCAUUUCCUUAUCGCCUCGGCAAAAAUCUGGGUGCUAAGGAAGAAGAUCCCAAAAAGACAUGUCUCGUACCACAAGAUAGUUCUCGGCAACUCAUCAGUGGCAAGGUUCUGGUAGCUGAAGAUGAUCCAGUGAGCCGAAAGCUCGCUCAUCGUAUGCUCACCAGAUUUGGUUACGAAGUUUUACUUGCCCAGAACGGGGAAGAAGCAGUCUCGCUUUACGAGUCACACGAUGAUAUUUCUCUAAUCUUGAUGGAUGUGCAAAUGCCGAAGCUCGAUGGACUUAGUGCAACAAAAAAGAUCCGGGCAAUCGAACAGGUCAAUGCUAGCAACCCCAUACCCAUCUUGGCUCUUUCGGCUGGGGCCAUGAAGGGUGACAAAGAGCGCGGCAUUGACGCGGGAAUGACCACUUAUUUGACAAAACCGCUGAACUUCAAGGUUGUCUUGAGUUCGAUCGAGAAAUAUGCCGGUUGCGCCAAGUUGGAAAGGAAGUAG